GACAGAGGGGUGAGAGCUGUGGGAGAGACAGAGGGGUGAAAGCUGUGGAAGAGACAGUUUGCAUCGGAUCAGAACCCACAGGAAGCCAUGGGACACAGGUUGGUUCCGCCAUUACUGCUCUCUCUGUGCCUUGUUUGCUUUGCCCUGGGAACUUACCCUGAGCCGGACCAGUCUGUAAGCACCCCAGAGGGUUGGGUUCAUGUUGGGCGCGUGACCCCAAAUGAUGAUGUCAUCCUGACCUUUGCCCUCAAGCAGCAGCACAUUGGCUCCCUGGAGCAGCUGGUGGGGCGAGUGUCGGACCCUGGCUCCUCCCAGUACGGUCAGUUCCUGUCCCUGGAAGAGCUUGGGGCAAUUGUUCAGCCAUCACGUGAAACUCUGAGCACAGUAAGGAUGUGGUUGGAGAAACAUGGAAUCCACGAAUGUGAAACCAUCCAAACGAGGGACUUCCUGAGCUGCCGCACGCAGGCCCAAACGGCAGAACAAUUGCUCCCUGGGUCCCAGUUCCACCGGUAUAUGAAGGAUGCUCAGACUGUAGUGAGGUCCACGUCUCCAUACAAGAUUCCUAAUGAGCUUUCACCACAUAUAGACUUUGUGGGGGGGCUACAUCGUUUUCCAACACCCAGACAGAUUUUGAGCCACAAGAGGGACAUACAGGGACAAGCAAGAGCUGGUUUUCAUCUUGGAGUUACCCCAUCCAUUCUACGUCAGAGGUACAACCUGUCGGACAGCGAUAUUGGCUCACAUCCGAACAACAGUCAGGCUUGUGCCCAGUUCCUGGAACAGUAUUUCCACCCUGCAGACCUCUCUGAGUUUAUGGUGCUUUUUGGAAGGGGAUUUCAGCACCACUCUGAGGUGGAUCAAGUGGUUGGACCGCAGGGAGGAGGGCGAGCUGGUCUGGAGGCCAGUCUGGAUGUGGAGUAUAUUAUGAGCACUGGGGCAAACAUCUCCACAUGGGUGUUCAGUAAUCCUGGCCGCCAUGAGUCGCAGGAGCCUUUCCUCGAGUGGAUGAUUCUCCUGAGUAACAUGUCGGCUCUGCCCUGGGUCCAUACCAUCAGUUACGGGGAUGAUGAGGACAGUCUGUCCAUUGCCUUCAUGCAAAGAAUCAACGUGGAGUUCAUGAAAGCAGCCAGCAGAGGUCUCACUAUUCUUUUUGCUUCAGGAGAUGAUGGCGCAGGGUGCAGACAUGUUGAUAAAGGAAUAAACACCUUCCGGCCCAGUUUCCCAGCUUCCAGCCCCUACGUCACUACUGUGGGGGGAACCUCUUUUAAGAACCCGUUCCAGGUGACGCGUGAGGUGAGCGACUAUAUCAGCGGCGGUGGCUUCAGCAAUGUCUUCCCCAUGCCUGACUAUCAGGCCCCUGCUGUGUCCCGAUACCUACAAAGCACUGCAAAGCUCCCGCCCCAGUCGUACUAUAACCGCAGUGGGCGGGCGUAUCCUGACGUGGCCGCUCUGUCUGACAACUAUUGGGUGGUGACAAACCGCGUGCCCAUUCCGUGGGUCUCAGGAACGUCAGCCUCCACGCCAGUCUUUGGGGGGGUGCUGUCUCUCAUCAAUGACCGGCGCCUACACAAGGGUCUCUCGCCUUUGGGAUUUCUCAAUCCAGCACUUUACCGACUGCAACUGAACGGAAGCCAAGCCUUGUAUGAUGUGACUGAAGGCUGCCACCUGUCCUGUAUCGAUGACCUUGUGCUGGGGCAGGGAUUCUGUGCCACCCCCAGCUGGGACCCUGUAACGGGGUGGGGGACCCCAAAUUUCCCUGAACUGCUCCGGGCCCUUUUGCUCUGAUAUCCAGGAACUGCAGUGUGUGUGUGUUUAGCUUUUUAUAUACUGCCCCCCAGUAAUAACUGCCCCCAGUACUAAUUGCCCCCCUCCCCCAGAGAUGUGUUGCUCAGAUUACUGGAUCAUUUUAUUAUUAAAUGUUGUAAAUUUCAGGGAGUGCAGAGUAGGAGGAGCCUGAGGGCAGAGCCACACCCCCACUGCACACUGGGCAAGGGAAUUGGGCAAAGGGAAUGUUCCGACAGCGCUGAUAUUGUGAUUGGCUGGCACAGACAGGGCUCGGCAGCAGCUCCGGGCACCCUUGUGUAUGGGUCACACCGUGUUGCCAUGGUAACAUGAAAUGAGCUCAGGGCUUUAAUGAAAAUAAUUUUAAAUAAAGAUUUGUUGUUAA